GAACUAAUGGCGCGCUCCAAGGCGUCGGCGCGCAAGGCCAAGAGCGCCCCGCGCGACGUGUACGGCGAGGGCAAGAAGCUGGCGGCCGAGCGCAAGAAGAACAAGGCCAAGAUCAAGGCCAAGGGCAAGGCCAAGCACGCGGCCAAGCUGGCCAAGCAGGAGAAGAAGCGGCUGGCCAGGGAGGAGCAGGAGCAGGAGCAGGAGCAGGAGGGGCUGGACGAGCCCCAAGAUGAGGACGAAGACGGCUUCAUUGAGUUCAAUUUGGACGAGGACGAGGGCAAAAAGUCCUCAAAUAAGAACAAAGAGCCUCAAAAAGAGCAGCACGAGGCGCCGACGCUCGAGACGCGGCCCUGGAUGAGGCAGAAGCAGGGCUACUUCAACAGCAACGUGUACGCGUGCUUGCACGAGGAGAUCAUGGACUUCGUGAGCUUCAUCAGCCCCACGGAGCAGGAGCUGAGCAGCCGGGCCGAGCUAAUUGAGGAGAUGAGGGAGAUCGUCAAGGGGCUGUGGCCCGAGGCCACCGUGGAGACCUUCGGCUCGCACUACACGCAGAUGUUCCUGCCUCAGAGCGACAUUGACAUGGUGCUGUUUGGCGUCCCGGAGGGCAAGGCGCCGCUGUUCAAGCUGGCCCAGUGUCUGGAGGAGAAGGAGCUCGUGAGCUACCUCGAGGUCAUCGACAAGGCCCGCAUCCCCAUCGUCAAGAUGGUGCACAAGGCCAGCGACAUCCACGUGGACGUGUCCUUCAACGUGGCCGGCGGACUGGCCACGGGCGACCUCGUCAAGCACUACAUGCGCGUGUACCCAUCCUUCCGCCCGCUAACGCUGGUGUUGAAGUACUUUAUGGCUCAGAGAGGCCUGAACGAGACGUACACGGGCGGAGUGGGCUCCUUCUUGCUGCAGAUGAUGGUGGUCAGCUUCCUGCAGCACCACGGGCGCGCGCUUGGCGCGGAGCAUGAUGACCCCAAGUUUAACAACCUGGGCCAGCUGCUGAUGGGCUUCUUCACGCUCUAUGGACGUGACUUCAACUACACGGACCUGGCCAUCUCGGUGCGCAACGGAGGCUCGUACUUCUACAAGGAUGACCGCCGCUGGUACGACGACGGCCGGCCUUUCCUCAUCUCGAUGGAGAACCCGAACGAGCCCAGCCUCGACAUUGGCAAGAACUCGUACGAAAUGCGCACGGUCAAGCGCUCCUUCGACUACGCGCGCCUGGUGCUGCAGCACGAGAUCAACCGCCACGGCCAGUUCAACGCGCUGCCCGGCAGCAUUCUGGGCACAAUCAUCCAGGCAGACAGCAACUUGGUCAAGCGGGAGCCGCCCGCAAGCUUCGGCUACGACAUUCUGCACCACGACCCGGAGAAGACGGCCGAGAUCAGGAAACGAUACGAGAUGCGGCGUGACGAGGAGGCCAGCAAGAAGCGCGCAACAGAGGCAGCCAAGAACAUCCGGCAAAACGGCACCAACGAGCCGCCGUACAAGCGCUGGAGAGGACGCACCAGUCGAGCGUACUGA